AUAUAUAGGGAGUUAGGGGGACAGAAAUUUAACUCAAAACAAAAUGGACACAAUGCAAAUGAUAGUUUCAGUAUGUUGUGCUGCCAUAGCAGUUACUUUGUUUGUGUGUCUAUGGAGAGUGUUGAAUUGGGUUUGGUUCAGACCAAAAAAGUUGGAGAAAUUGUUGAGGAAACAAGGUUUGAAGGGGAAUUCAUACAGAAUAUUGUUUGGAGACAUGAAAGAUUCUUCUAGGAUGUUUAAGGAAGCUACCGCAAAGCCUAUGAAUCUGUUUGAUGAUGAUGUAGCCCCAAGGAUAUUGCCUUUCAUUCUUGAAACCAUCAAGAAAUAUGGGAAAAAUUCGUUUGUAUGGAUGGGUCCAAAUCCACAAGUAUUAAUCAUGGACCCUGAGCUUAUAAAGGAAGUACUCUCGAAAAACUACUUGUAUCAAAAGCCUCGUGGAAAUCCAUUUUUAGCGUUGUUGGUACAAGGACUGGUAAGUUUUGAGGAAGACAAAUGGGCCAAACACAGAAAAAUCAUCAAUCCCGCUUUCCAUCUAGAGAAGCUAAAGCAUAUGCUUCCAGCUUUUUACUUGAGCUGUAGUGAGAUGCUGAGCAAAUGGGAAGACGUCGUUCCAGUUGGAGGCUCUCAUGAGAUAGAUAUAUGGCCUGACCUGCAACAAUUGAGUUGUGAUGUGAUCUCUCGGACAGCUUUUGGAAGUAGUUAUGAAGAAGGUAGAAAGAUUUUUGAACUUCAAAAGGAACAAGCUCAGCAUCUUAUCAAAGCUUCACUAUCUGUUUAUAUCCCUGGAUGGAGAUUUUUGCCAACAAAGAGGAACAAAAGAAUGAAGGAAAUAAAAAAGAAUGUUCGGUCCUCAAUUCGAGGUAUUAUUGAUAAAAGAUUGAAGGCAAUGGAAGCAGGGGAGGCUGACAAUAAGGAUCUAUUAGGCAUAUUGCUUGAAUCAAAUUUUAAAGAAAUUGAACAACAUGGGAACAAGAAGUUUGGAAUGACCAUUGAAGAAGUCAUUGAAGAAUGCAAGCUAUUCUAUUUUGCUGGCGCAGAAACAACAUCAGUGCUACUCAUAUGGACUCUGGUUCUGUUGAGCAGAUAUCAAGAUUGGCAGGCACGGGCCAGAGAAGAAGUCUUGCAAGUGUUUGAGAGUCAAAAACCAGAUUUUGAUGGAUUGAAUCGUCUAAAAGUUGUCACGAUGAUCUUGUACGAAUCAUUACGACUAUAUCCCCCAGCAACAUCGAUUAUCCGGCGGGCUAAUAAAGACAUUGUAUUAGGAGAAGUAUCUAUACCAGCUGAUGUACUAAUCUCAUUGCCAGUGAUCAUAUUGCAACAUGAUAAAGAGAUAUGGGGUGAAGAUGCAAACAAGUUCAAUCCAGAGAGAUUUAGAGAAGGAAUAUCAAGUGCAACAAAAGGUCAAGUAACAUAUUUUCCAUUUGCUUGGGGUCCUAGAAUAUGCAUUGGACAAAAUUUUGCCAUGUUAGAGGCAAAGAUGGCUGUGUCUAUGAUCCUACAAAGCUUCUCUUUCGAAUUGUCUCCAUCCUACACACAUGCUCCUCAAUCCAUAAUAACCAUGCAGCCUCAGUUUGGUUGCCCACUUAUUUUCCACAAACUGUAACUUUUUGCUUGAACCUUGGUAUUUGUAUCAGGAAAUACAUCAACUUUGUAUGUCUUUUAACGCAGUUUAUUAUUCGUUGCAA